GCUGCUCCUGACACCUCCUUCUCCCUCCCGGGCUCCAGCUGAUCCGGUGCCCCUGCUGCCUUUGCUUAUCCGAGCGAGGCUUCUGUGCAAGAUGGCGGGAUCUUUGGUUGAAAGCGAAGCACUGCAGAUGGGCGUUAAACGUUUGAGCAGUCCCUUAACGUCACCUGUACAGGCUGAGGUUUAUUUUCCACGGCUGACAGUUCCAUUCUGUGGUCAUAUAAAAGGAGGCCUGAGACCGGGAAAGAAAAUCCUUAUCAUGGGAAUUGUUAACCUGGAGCCAAAGAAUUUUGACAUCAGGUUGACAUGUGGGGAUUCAGAAGAUCCAGCAGCCGAUAUUGCCAUUGAGCUGAGGGCAGAGUUUUCUGACAAACAGUUUUUAAGGAAUGCACGUGUAUCCGGAAAGUGGGGAGAAGAAGAGUCGUCAAUAGCUUAUUUCCCCUUCAUAGCAGAUCAGCCUUUCAGAGUAGAGAUACACUGUGAGCACCCUCGGUUCAGGAUAUUUGUGGAUGGACAUCAGCUGUUUGACUUUUAUCAUCGCGUCGAGAGCCUUUCAGCCAUUAACACGAUUAAAAUCAACGGCGACCUACAACUUACCAAACUUGGUUGACGACUGCCGAUGUUCCCACUCCACCGGUGGACUAGUUGCAAACACGCAAGGUUGCCAAGCAGCGCAGUUCAUUGUGCCAGAAACACCAGGCCCAGGGACAAUAGUUACAGAGAGCCAGUUUUGUUUCAUUGUUUUAAUGGACCGUGCGGUACUUAUACAGGUGGCUGCCAUGUAUAUUACCUACACUUAACCUUUUUUUUUGGCCUGGACUACAAUAAACUGGAAACAGCAAGUCACAUGACUUGUGAUUCUUCUUUUUUAGCCUUUUUGGUGUGUUCUGGAAUACAUCUGCCAUGUAUAUGCCACUUACACCAUGUAGCCAAUAAAUGAAAGGGAUUUUAAUUGUAUGCCUUUCAUUGAUUGGCUAUCAUUACAUUUUCAUUUUAUUCUUUUUUUUUGUAAUUUAAUUUUUUUUUAGCAUUCGCAUGCAGCCAGUAAAUAUAUUUUUUGGCAAUGGGGAAAAGACUGCUGCUUUAAUUAUAUCAUACCAGAAGCCCCUUACAUUUUGCUCUUGGGAAUAGUGAGCCUGAAGUGUGGCAAAAAAAAAUUGAUAUACAGGUAUGGAACCUGUUAUCCAGAAUGCCGGGGACCUAGGCUUUUCCAGAUUAUGUAUCUUUUCGUAAUUUGGAUCUUCAUACCUUAAAUCUAGUAGAAAAUCAUGUAAACAUUAAUGGGCAGAUUUAUCAAGGUGAAAAUUCAAAUUUAGAGUUUUUUUAUGGUCAAAAAUGUCAAAAUUUAAAAAAAAAA